UUCUACUGGUUACUAUUCGGAAAAACAUUACAUGAAAUUCUUUAUUGAAAAUUCUAUGAAAAACUGCUUUAUCUGAUUAUUUUAAAAAUUUUUCAAUAUUUUAAACGAUGGAAAUUUUAAUAACAGAUAUUGAUGUAAAAGAUAUAAGAUUUCCAACAUCAUUAUUAGCAGACGGAAGUGAUGCUAUGCACACUGAUCCUGAUUAUUCUUGUGCAUAUGUUACUAUUAAAACGAACAAAGGAAUCGAAGGAUAUGGAUUAACAUUUACCUUAGGCAGAGGCACAGAAAUUGUCGUACAAGCGUGUAAAUCAAUGUCUUAUUUGGUAAAAGGAGAAAAUGCCAAUAAUAUUUUUACACACUUUGGAAUAUUUUGGAGAAAAUUAACUAGUGAAUCGCAAUUAAGAUGGAUUGGUCCAGAAAAGGGUGUUAUUCAUCUCGCAACAGCUGCUAUAAUAAAUGCAUUGUGGGAUUUAUGGGCUAGAAUAGAAAAAAAGCCAGUCUGGAAGCUGCUUACAGAUUUGAGUCCCGAACAAUUAAUUUCUACGAUUGAUUUCAGAUAUAUUACCGAUGUUAUUACAAAAGAAGAAGCAAUAAAAUUAUUGAAAGAUAAUCAAAAAGGUAAAGAAGAACGCGAAAUAAUACUACGAAAAAAUGGAUAUCCGGCUUAUACAACACAAGUGGGCUGGCUUGGAUAUAGCGAUAGCAAAGUUAAGGAACUUUGUGCUAAAUAUUUAGCUCUUGGUUUCACAUCUUUCAAGGCAAAAGUUGGCCAGAAUUUAACAGAUGACAUAAGAAGAUGUCAACUUAUUCGUGACGUGAUAGGAUAUGAAAAUAAAUUAAUGGUAGAUGCUAAUCAAAUAUGGGAUAUAAAUGAAGCAAUCGAAUGGAUGAAACAAUUGAUCAAAUUUAAACCAACUUGGAUCGAAGAGCCAACAUCUCCGGAUGAUGUGUUAGGACAUGCAAAGAUCGCGAACGAAUUAAGACCACAUGGUAUUGGUGUUGCAACAGGUGAAAUGUGCGCCAAUCGCGUGAUGUUUAAGCAACUGCUACAGGCAAAGGCAAUUGAUUAUUGUCAAAUCGAUUCGGCUAGAAUAGGAGGAAUCAAUGAAAUAUUAUCUGUUUAUUUGAUGGCAAAAAAACUGAAUGUUCCAGUAUGUCCACAUGCUGGUGGAGUAGGUUUAUGUGAAAUGGUGCAACAUCUUCAGAUGUGGGAUUUUAUUUGUUUGAAUGCAUCCAUUGAAAAUCGUGUGAUAGAAUAUAUCGAUCAACAACACGAGCAUUUUGAACAUCCUGUAUAUAUUCAAAAUGCUUGUUAUAUGCCACCUACAAAUCCGGGAUAUUCCACCAAAUUUACCGAGGAUAGUAUUAAAAAUUAUUCAUAUCCAAAUGGAGAAAAAUGGAAAAAUAUAUGUAAAAAAGAUUCAUCAAAUCUUAUACAAAUCAUAUGAUUAAA